AUGCAGACUCUGUCAGAAUUGAGUGUUAUUGACUGUAAAGUCUGGAUUGUAAGAGGAUCAGCAGAAAAGCCAGGAAUUACUGCCCAACUCUUCAUUUAUACCAUUUCCCCCCUUUUUUUUCUUUAUCAGCUUCAGAGCGAAGUAGAGAAACCCCUGCUCAACUUCAGAGAGAACUUUAAGAAAGACAUGAAGAAGUGUGACCACCACAUUGCAGACUUGCGGAAGCAGCUGGCCAGCCGCUAUGCAGCAGUUGAAAAGGCCCGGAAAGCCUUGACAGAGAGACAGAAGGAUCUGGAAAUGAAAACACAGCAGCUGGAGGUGAAGCUGAGCAACAAGACAGAAGAGGAAAUUAAAAAGGCAAGGCGGAAGUCUACUCAGGCAGGAGAUGACCUGAUGCGUUGUGUUGAUCUUUACAAUCAAGCCCAAUCCAAGUGGUUUGAGGAAAUGGUGACCACCACUCUGGAGCUUGAGAGACUAGAAGUUGAAAGGGUGGAGAUGAUUCGGCAGCAUCUCUGCCAGUAUACACAGCUGCGGCAUGAGACAGACAUGUUCAACCAAAGUACAGUAGAGCUUGUUGAUCAGCUGCUUCGGAAAGUGGAUCCUGCCAAAGACAGGGAACUGUGGGUAAAAGAACACAAAACUGGAGAUAUUCGACCUGUGGACAUGGAAAUAUAGACUGUUCUUACAGUUGUGAUGAGCCAACUGAAUUAACCAGGCUAAUGUUUUUUUCUUGGGGUCAGAAGAGUGUAGGGCAAAGGUUGUUCCACUACCAGACACCUUGUAAUUUAUGCCUGUACAGGCUGUCUGUUAAAUUUAGUCAUAAAAAUGGUCCUUGUUGUGCUAAGGCUUAAGCACCAAACAUUCCAGGGUGAAGAAAAUAGAUCUGUGCUUCCCACCAGAGGUUCCCAGUUGCACUCAUCUUCCAGAAGAAAUCUACUUUCUGGUACAGAGAGAGCUCUGUUCUUCUGUGACUUUUGUGCUACAUCCCUUGCAUGACUAUCGUAUACAUUAUGUUAGAACAACCACCCAGUGUGCUUCUGGCUGGCCAGCAAGUGGGUAACCAAACACAGUGCAGGAGGCAAGGAAGUGCUGAUUGAGAAUCCCAGGCCUGUCACUGACUGCUUUCAUAACCACAGACAAGUCAGUAAACUUUUCUGGCUCCCCCAUCAGUUAAAUAUACAUAUCUUGCAUCAGUGUUGUAUGAAUACAUUUAUUUCAUACAACAUAGUUUCCCACAGCGGCCCUUUGGAAAUACCUACAGAGAAGACCCCUGUUCUCCCUGUUUUAUACUCCCUCUCAGGGAUAUAUAAACCCAAUAUCAUUUUUGUGCUAGGCCAAUCUACAAAGUGUUACCAUCCCUGUUAUUUAACGGGAAAGAUUUGGUUGUGCUGUACCUACCUCAUUAGCUGUUGGAGUGCUCUCAGUGACAGAAGAAGGUUGCAUAGUUAGGAAUAAAUGAGAUGUUCUAAAACUUUCUGCUUAUGCAGGAUGUUUUCUCAUAAAGACAGCCCUCUAACAUUUUGUUUGGGAUCUAGAUAUAAAUUGCUCUUUUUUGGUUUCUUUGGUUCAGGCGAAUAUCAGAGCCUUUAGUUAUAUUUAUUCACCAAAUUUGCGUAGGUAAAUUGUGAUUUUUAUCUUUUUAGAGCUUGAUUUUCAAAGGUGCCAUGUAUCUGUGAUUCUAGACUGCAUCAGGUGUAGAUGUAGGUGCCCAGCAUUUCUGAAUCAGAUUCUUAAUGGUUUCUCCUACCAGAGAACUACCAGAAAUUCAGCGCAGCUCCUGGUACAGAGUGUUGUGUAGUUUGGAGGCUGGUUUUCAAAAGGUAUUUUCUUCUCCCAAUGUUUUUUCGGAUUUUUGCUCUUAAUCUGUUUUCCAGCUUCUCUUACUCAAGAUUUUUACUUGAAGUCCAACAGAAAGAGAGAGGUUCUACAUUUUCCCUCUUGGAGAUCUUCAGAGGCAGCCUAGGUAUGGUCUUGGACCAACACCCUAGGUGAUCCUGCUUCAACAGUGGGUUUUGACAAAUGAUCUUUAGAGGUCCUUUCCAAGCACAUCCAUUCUGUGAGUCUGUGAAACCUUCAUUCUCACCGCUGUGGCCUUUCCUCAUUGUGUGCUGUGAUGUUAGCUGCUGUUUUCCAAACAAUGUUAUUCCUUUUGAUCCACAUUUUUGUUCCACUUUUAUCUUGUUGUUAACAUUCCUUUUUCCCUGGUAUGGAACUUUCAUGUCUUUCAUCUGUCUGCUCUUCUAGGCUUUUCUUCACCAAUCUCAAAUUACUGUGCUGUGAGAAGAUCACUGAGAAUUAAUCUUUACAAAUACAAGCUGAGACACAGAGAAGUCUUAUCUGAAAUACCUUUUUAAUAUUGAUUCAAGUCAUUUCAAACUUGCAUUUUCCUGUUGUUCCUUUUUUUUCUUUCCCCACCAUUUCUUUACUAGUAUAGAUUCAUAGAAAAAAGGUCGGUCACCUUUUAUUCACCUGAGUAUAUAUGUCUCUUCAGCUCCUUUCUCUGCUGUCACUGGCUUUAUAAACCUUUGCACAUCGGCAGGUGCAGUGUUGUGACUUAGUGUUGCAUGCUUAGGAUCAUUGUUCCUCGUGUUACUGAUCGUUAGAACUGAUUCCUCUUAUACUGCACUUUUGUUACGCGCUUCAGAAUUUGCAACUGUAAUUUUAUUCUUGGUGUUGGAAGCACCCAGCAUGUUGAUACUUGAAACAUGGUUUGCCUAAGUGUUGCUCAGUCCUUGAGCUCAGUGAGACUUCACACUUUUCCCUCGCCGCCUGUUCCGCUUGAAUGAGGAGGUUUUGUGCUAAAUUGUCUUUUUCAGUCUUCCUAUUCCUUUGCACUCUGUCCUCAGUAUGAUUCUUACUGGCAUACUGAUGUGUACUGCUGUCUCUUCCAUGCACCUCAGAGAGCAGAUAUUUUUGGUUUGUUUUUUGUUUUCUUUAAACCACAAAUGCAUGGUGAGCUUUCCAAACUUGAAUGACCAAAAUUUAGUGAUAUACUUAAGAACUGUAUCUAAGGUUGACCCCUGUAUUCUAAGCCAUAUUGCAAAUUUGAGCAAUCUUGAUGACCAAUCACCACAUUCGUGGUUUGAUUACAAAAACAAGCUAGUCGUGCACUUUAUAUGGUAUUCUCCUUAUUAAAUAUAUGAAAUAUUCUGUUAGCAAUUACAGUUUAUUUUUUCCUCACUUUUUUUUUCACAGAUAUUUAUUAUUUUAUCUGUUUGGGGCUGGAAAUGCUGUCUAUUAGCACAAGUUUCUCUCAGGACUGAAAUUUAUUUUGGUUCUUCUUCUGAGGCGUUCUUAAGUUGCUCUAAAUUCUCAGUUGAAUUUUCUGAUGAGUUGGAGUUUAUUGGUUUUGUUUGGUUUUAAUUAUAUUAUUUCUAGACGAUGUUCCUACUUCUGCUUUUUGAUCCUCUUGAAAUGUUGCAGGGAAGUAUAAGCUGCACAGAAUGAUAAUUCUUUUGGUGGAAGCUGUAUUUUUUGUUUUUCUUCCAAAACACAAGUAGAGCACUUUCACCUAGCUGCUGCUUGCCUUUAUUUUGCCCAAAUUCUCACUUGGAUCUACUCUGCAAUGGGUGAAAUGCUUUCUUUACAAUAAGACUUAAUAAUAAUUUUGUAGCUGGUAAAAUCAUUAGGAGUGUUUUGCUAUUGCUUGUAAAUAGUUUCCAUCUUAUUUCCUGGGAAUGAUACACCGUCGUGGUACCACAUUGCAGAAAGCGGGAUCUGUGGUUCUCUGCCCAUUGCAUUGUCUGACUGAUGAAUCUUGGACAUCAUGAGGCAUAACAGAUCAGGGAGUGCUGGAGUCCUGGUGUUUCUGAAUGGACUGCAUCUUUAAAACUGGUAAUGGUUUUUUUGUUCGUAACAUGGGACUGUGGGAAUUUCAGCAUUUGUUUAUUCAGCUUCCAAUAAAUUGAAAAAAAAGCAGUCGUACCCAGUCUUUACUUCUCCGGACCAAGAUCAAGCUUGAUGUUAGGCUGCAGCAUGCAUGUGAAAGCAUGAGGAUGUUUCAGUGUAACUGAUUAAUAGGAACAGCAAAAUAAGUCUCUUGCCUCCAUAGGUCCAGAGCCCAGGUGUGAUCUCGUUCUUUUUCUGGCAGGCGAGUAUACACAUUUUUUACACAAGUUUUUACUGUUCCAGUCACUGCAAAUAAUACACUUUUUUGUGGUUUGGUGUGGCUGUCUUGUAUCUUCACAUGGCUCCUUGGUCACAGACCAGAAAAUGGGCUGUUGCUCAGCACUGAUUGUUUUCACCUAAAGAAGUGCAGUACAGUUUGUGGGAAUUUGCCUCUGACUCCCAUCUUGUAGACUUCCUUGCCCGGUGUUUUUUGAAGCUGCCUGAGCUUCAGAGCCCUGCCCCUCCUGUGUAGCUCCCUCUCUACCCAAGUGGUGUAGUGAUGUUCUGGUCUCCUGCUGCCAAGCCUCUGGUUUCCCAGUGAUUGAUCUCUGCUUCAGCCAGAGCUUUUGAGCUCUUGCCUGAGCUAGAGGGCUUCAUGAACUCCUGUGGCUUUGAAUCCUUUCAGUGUUCUCAGAUGAAACAGACAAAGUUUUGUGCAACUGUAACCUCAGCUUCCUAACAGAAUGCUGAUAUUUUAUUCAUUGUUUGUUCCAGCCUGCCUGUAUAUUCUGUUUUCUGGCUCAAGGCACUGUUAACUCAAUAGUAAGUCCUUUUUGUAAGUCCUUCCUUGAGAGACUCUUUUAGGUCUUUUUUUCCUAACAGUAUUAGUUCUGGAUCCAAUGCUGCUGGCUGAUUUCUGUUUGAAUUAAUGAACUGAAAGUGAUGACUUAUUUGCCACGUGAGCGAAGUUCACUCUUCUCUGUCACUGGCAGGAUUCCAUUCGCUUUCAUAAAUCAAGAUCCAAAAAGGCAUAAUUCUCAAAUUUCCAACCUGCUGCAGAUUCUCUAAUGUCCAUAACCCUGUCUACUAGUUGCUUUUGUAUGUUGAGCCUGGUGGCUCUCAUCCAGCUUAGGAUGUUCCAUGAUUCUGCGGACUUCUGUUGAAGGAAUGCAGUUGUUCUCUAUUAGGAAAUCUAUUAUUUGAUACCGAGAUCUUUAGAGAUGAUUUUAAUUUAUUUUUUUAGAUGUUGAAAGAUGGUAAUAACAUUGAAAGACAUGGGAAUUCUGUUUAUGUUCUCAGAAUACUUUUUCCCCUCUGCAGCCCUGCCUAAGCUACUGUGUAGUAGCCGUGUUCCCUCCAUGUUGAACAGUUACGUACAUAUUGAAGUUAUUUUUUCUUUCAAGUGUAACAGGUAGCAUGCAAACUUGUUCCCUGCUUUUGUUUGCACUUCAUGCACCUUGCGUUUUGUGUUGCAGAGUUAACUGUUGUUAAUUGCAACCCUGUGCUGUAGUGACAGCAAGUAUAGCUAUCUUGGGAAGAUGAGUUGCAUGCAAAUCACCUUCUUUUUUCCUUUUUUUCUUACAGAAGGUUUCUAUAAAGCAUUCACAGGAAGCAUUUAUAUGCUGGUAAAAGUCCUAACUGUCCACACCUUCUCAGAAUGUCUUUACACUUGUAUCUUUUUUACGUCAUCCUUCAAAUACUUGCUGGAAACAAUCUUCUAUAGUCUUCAUGUAGAAAUGUGCACUCUUCCUUUGGCCUUCUGUUUGGAAGUGCUCAGCACUCAGAGGUUUCUAAGAGGUGAAGAGAGUGUGCAUGGGUGAUAACAGAGACUUUGAAAAUUAGGCUACUGAUUGGAAAUGCACAAAUUUUUUUUCUUAGUCUUUCAGUACAUCUAUAAGGAAAUAUUGAGAAAUGAGAUUCUCCAGUACUUAAUAAAUAUAACUGUUGUAUGCUGUUCUCAGCAGCUCUGUGAGUGACACUACAGGCUAGGGUUGGAGCACAGCUCUGGAGCACAGGCUGACAGCUCUCCUGUUGCAGUCCAAAUGAUCCAAAUCCCAAAUUAAGUGAAAAAGAGGCUCUGAUCAUUUUUCUUUAGUCACACAAACAGAAAAAGAGCAUUGCUUACCCAGGUGGAUCCUUUACAAUGAAGCACCUUAGAAAUCCCAACCAGCACUUUUAAGGCACCCCUGGAGUGAGUAGAUGUGACUUGGUGUGAUCAGUUGUUUGCUUUAUUCUGAAAAGAAAAAACAAAAACCAAUUAUCUGCUAUUUUGUAAUAGCCAGCAUACUAUUUUGCACUAUUUAGUACAGCCUGCUGGGUAUGUUUCUAGAGAUGAGGUUCAGACUUCGUUGUCCUGGAAGAGCAGUGUGUUGUUCCCCCAUCACUGAGCUUUCCAGAAAAUCUGUAGGCUUUUUGCUAUGUAUUUUGAUAUAGAAGAAUGAAGUCCCAGAGCUGGUGGUUACCAAAGUGUUGCUGUGAAUAAUUCUUGCUAGAUGGGCAUUCCUCCUGAACUCAUACAGUGAUCAGGAGGAGCUAUCUGGUGUCCCUCAGUGCAUGGUGGAGGCAUCUGACAGUUCACAAAGGAGCCUGCUGGUCCUGCUUAACAGGAUGGAAGCAGUCACAGACACAUUGCAUUGUACAUGGAAGCUAGUAAAAUAUUUAGCUGCCCCAGUGAAAUUUGAGCUUCUCAACAGUAGGCAUUCAUCUCCCUCGGAGCCCUCCUGGCUGCAGUAACAGGCUCCUCUCUGAAUUUUGUUUGAUGUCCUGAAAUCAAUAGUGUUCCCUCAUGCUUGUUCCGUGUUAAAGGGCUCUCUAGCCAGCACCUGGUUGUGCCUGCAGGAAUCUGGUAGGUGGCAACACCACACUGAUGACUGAAGAAUGUUUUUUGGAUUUAUUUGGCAAUAGCAUUAUGUUGUGCACCACUGCACUGAACUGGCUGUAAACCAGGCUGCAUCAAGCCUGGUGUGUCAGUGUUCUCCAGGAGUUUGGAAUGUGCAGUCUUUCUGUUGCACAAUGGCAAUGUCAUCUUUCACAUCAGCAAGUUCCUUGUCUUUUCCUGAGAAGAACUGCUGUUUUUAAAUAAUAUCCAUUACUUUAUCUAAUGGUAGAUGUUAUUCACAUAAGAGUGCAUCAGUCAUUUCUUACUUCUUCAUUGUUACUGUACCCACCGGCUCUAUUACUGAGAUACAGCACUUUCCAAGAUGCUCACAGAACAUCUCUUUUGCUUUAAUGUGCUGCCUGAACUUCAUGCUUUUGGAUAUUUUCUGAGAUUAGGGUGUGCUUGUUUUUUGUUGCCUUGUUUUGGCUUCUGUUUGGAUUGUUCCUCCAAGCCUCUGGGUUUGGAAGUGCAGUUACUCUUUUUUGUGUUGGCCACAGCUUCUUUUCUGGAGAUCUUUUCUGAAGGGACCAACCCAUAGCACAGUUUGACUUAAAUUUCUAAUCCCAUGUUCCUGAGAGUAGAAACCUUUUGUGCCUAAUGAAACAUCUGAUUCUAACAAUUGUACAUGGAUAAAAUCAUAUAGAGACCAGUAUAAAUUAUGUCUUAUAAUAAUAGCAUAAUAAUUACAGAAAAAAUAUAUAUAAAUUUGAAACAUUCGAAUGUAAAUCCCUCAACUUACAUUAAGUUGAAUUGUUCCCGGUGUAUCGUACGAGACAAACUCAGCGGAUAUUCAGAACAAAAGCUUUUCAGCUGCUGUAUUCAGGCUCAGGAGUGCACAACACCUUCAUUUUGAAUAUAUGCAGUCUUUCAAGGCUACUGAUUUCACAGAUAACUGAGCAAUGGCUUCUAUCACAACCCUACCAACAUUCAUUUAGUAGUUCCCCUUGAAGUGCCUAUUUAAACUGUACCUGCUACAAAAUACACAGGUACAGUUUAAUACAAAUACAAAAAAUACAAAAAACCUGCUAUAAAAUACACAGAUUCACCGUACGAAUUUUCAGAACUCAGGAGCAGCCAGUGCACACUGAGCCGUGCAGGAUUCCCAACCCUCCUUUGUUCUGCACUGUGCACUCUUUUUAGGGCAUCAGCAUACCCACAGACCUGCCUUUAUCUCACUAAUCAUUUGCAGUCCAUCAUAGGUGUCAUAAAUUCUUAGUGCUGAAAAUGGAGUAGGAAAUGUUAAGCCAUGUUAAACUUAGAAGUAACUGCUUUGGAGGACAGUUACUAAGUUCAUUUACUGAUACAUCCUUCAGUAUGGGGGUCUCAGAAGAAUAAGAAUACUGCAUAAAAAUAGUUGAGUAAGUGGCAUUUGGGAUUUAACUAAUGCUGUUUUGUAAAAACAAACCGUAUCUCUUGUUUAAAGCAGUUACUUAAAACAAUUUUGUCUGGUACUGGAAGUCCAUAAAGCUGAAUGAUUUCAGGGAUCUCCUAUCUGCAUGACAUGACAAUUUUGGUCAUUUGAAUUUGGGAAUGCUCAAUGUGAAAUCCCUUGUUCCUUUGGAUAUUUUUUGAUGUGCUGAUAGAGAUUUUCAAAAUAACAUAAGGAAUUUUGAUAUCCAUUUACCACUCUGUUACUGCUCUAUGACAGAAACACACUUUAUGGACAGCAACUUUAUCCAUUGUGGAAAAAAGCAGGUAGUAGUUUUGGGCAAAUCUUUUCUUCUCCUAAAUUUCCUUCUGGCAGCACAAAACAAGGAAAAUUCUACCAAACGGUUUUGCAAACAUUCCAGCAGCAGGGAUUCAGAGGUAGCCCACAUCACCACUCAUACAGUUAAACAAUUUUCUACUAAAAUAAGGUUGCCUAUUUGGUCCUUUUUGUGUAAUUUGCUAAAUACUUUCUAAACUUAGAAAAGUUGUCUUUUGACAGUACUAAUAACUUCUUUUUAAAUACGUUUAACCAAUAUUUUAUAACUUUCCAUAAAUUCUGGCUGAUAAGGCCCCUUAAAUUAAAUUACGUAUCUUGCAUCCUCUAAAUAAUUAGUAAAUCUUGGGUUGUUGUGCAAAUUAUAGGAUCGGUUUUGAUCCAUAAAGGUGCAUGAAGGAAUCACCAAACUGAAGUUCAAUGCAGGAAAGAUUUAAGGGGCAGAUCUUCAGCUUGGGAGAACUGGCAGAGUUUGGUGGAAGAUACUUGAUGUCAGUUAUGGAUCUUGUCCUUCGAUGUUGAAGGCAUUUCCUCUACAUAUUUUCUGUCUUACUGUAAAACUAUUUCAUAUGGUUAAACUGUAUUUUGCUAUGUUGUUCUGCAGGUUUAUAUGCACCACAGUGCUCAUCUCAUCUCCUGUAAAAUAAACUGUACAGAGACGUAUUGAGCAUGGAA